AUGCCUGCCUGGAACACCAUUUUUGCUGCACUGCGAGUCGGCGGGAGCGACACAGCUAAUCACUGGAAGAAUCCCGAUUUAGUUCCCUUGCCUGUCGCACGCCGAACAUGGAGAGAUUUGGACUUUAUCGGUCUAUGGAGUACCGCGUUCGUGACAAUUUUUGGCUGGCAGGGUGUGUCCUCGCUGCUGUCCAUGGGCCUCAGUGUAUGGCAGGCUAUUGUUUGUAAUUUUGUGGCCAAGUUGAUCCAGAUUGCCAUUGUUAUCAGCUUGGGAUGGAUCGGCGCAGUAUGGCACAUCGGGUUCACAGUCAAUGCACGCCAAUCGUUUGGACUAUGGGGUUCCUACUUCCCCUUGCUUAUGCGAGUCUUAUGGUUCGGUGUACAAGCAUUCACAGGUGGACAGCUGGUAUCGACCUUACUGUCAACUAUCUUUUCCGGAUACCAGCAUAUGCCAAAUACGCUACCGGCAUCGGCCAGCAUGACAACCAAGGAGUUUGUCGGUUUCUUCAUUUUCAAUAUCAUUUGUAUCCCGUUCCUCUAUAUACCGCCUGAAAAGCUGCGAAUUCCGUUUCGAUUCACUCUGACCAUCAGUGCAAUCACACUGAUUGCCAUGUCGAUCGGUCUGAUGGCAGCCGCAGGGGGCGCCGGUCCAUUGGUGCACACUGGAGUUACUGUUCAAGGAAGUUCUAAGCUUGGUUGGGCUUGGAUUGAUGGUAUCACCACCGUCAUUGGCGGCACUGUGGUUGGAUCAACAAGCCAAUGCGACUUUUCUCGUUUUGCUCGUCGACCUGGCAACCAGUUCAAGGGACAAAUUUUUGCUUUACUCUUCUUCGGUAAUGUCAUUCCCGUAUUUGGGCUGCUCGGUACUUCGGCUGCCUCCCAGUUGUACGGGGAUGUGACUGAUCUAGGCUUGUGGAACCCACCAAAUAUCAUUCAAGUGUGGCUGGAUCGCGGCUACGAUGACCCUAAGAUUCGUGCUGCAACAUUCUUUGUCUCACUAGGCUUGAUUUGUUCAAUGGUGGCUAUCAAUACUGUUGAAAACGGAAUAUCAGGUGGUAUGGACGCUGCCGGAUUGCUCCCAAAGUAUAUCAACAUUCGACGUGGUUCCUAUCUGAUAAUGGUUAUCUCCGUCCUCAUCCAACCAUGGCAGAUCAUUGCAAAAGCAUCCACUUUCACUACUGUUUUGAAUAGCUUCGGAGUGAUACUUGGUCCCUUGAUCGCAGUCUUUACCUGCGACUACUUCUUCGUUCGUCACCAAAAAGUCAAGUUGACAGACUUGUACCAGCCAUCAUCUCAGAGCAUCUACUGGUUUUGGCACGGUGUGAAUUGGCGUGGUUACGUUUCCUGGGUUGUUGGUGCCGCACCUUUCCUUCCAGGACUGGCGAGUCUAGAUCCCAGCACUGCGGGAGGUGUUCCUGCUGGUUUGAUCAAAGCAUCGUAUGCUGGGUUUUUAUGCGGCUAUGUCAUCUCGUUCACUUUGCAUUAUCUGCUCAACAAGAUCUUGCCGCCCCCUGGUCUGAGAAGUUAUGAUGAGGUCGAUACGUUCGGCACAUUUAGCGAUGAAGAAGCAGAAAAACUGGGUAUACGCACCCUGGGAGCCAGUGAAGUAUUAUAUGAAACUGAUACUGUAAUUCCUAAUAAGUCGGUGGCAUAA